UUGAUCGAUAGAGUAUCAUCUGCAUAACAAUGAAAGUUUAUGGAAUAUUUCCUGACAAUAUUGCCUAAGGGAAGCAUAUAUAAAGUGACAUAUAAAGUAACAUUGACAUCAUCAUUUGUUUCAAAUAUGUAAAACACAGUCUACCACAACCUGUACGCCAGGUUUUAUUUUCUACUGUCACUCGUGUACAUGGUUUUAUAUGAGCUCGAGUGUGGGGGUUAGUUUUGUGUAUUACCUGGCUGUGAGACAAACUUCUCCUUGGGGACAAUAAAGUUGAAAAUGGAAGGUGGGAGGUGACUGCUGUGCAAUUAAAUAAGCAACCCAUGUAUUUAAAGCCCAAAGCAAUAAACCAAAUCCAAACAAAAAGGGCAGUUAAAUAGACAAACAACAUUUUUCCAAACCCUGUAUAUUUUAGGGAGUGGGGGGUAAGUCCUCAUAUUUUAUUUCUAUUUUUGUUUGCAUCAGUGAAACUAGCAAUUUAAGCUUAUCCAAUCCUGUCAUUAUAUUUAAGUUAACACAGUUUACAUAGUCACCGCAAAGUUUGUGCUGUUUUGUCAUGCAGAAUAUUCAUUCUAUAUUCUUAGGUUUCAUUCAUUAUACUCUUCAUUAUACUCAUUGUGUCCAUACUAGCAUUGUGUCAGUGUUCUCAUAGUUUUCAAUAUUCUCAUGAAUAAUAGAAUAGAUCAGAAUAGAAUAGAAUAUGCAGCAUAUGAUAUGAUAUACUGUAUAGUUUAAUACUUGUGAAUGAAGGAAUAAACACUGUCAAGUCUCAUGAUAUCAUAUCUCCAGAUUUUAAAGGUUUAAAAAAAAUACUGCUAAUGCUUUUCUUACAUGGCAACAGCAAACAUUUUCAUUUAUACAGUCAGUGUUAUUUCAGUGUCAGUGUAUAUUUAAAUAAUUGUAAUUUUGCAUGUGCAAUGUAUUAUUUUGCCUUUGAAAAUAUUAUCAAAUGGAUCACAUAUAAUGCUACAAUUCAUUUGGCUACUCCUUUCAAAUCUCUAUUUUGUCCCUGUGUGUUGUUCAUCAGAAAUCAGUUGUCACUUUCUCUUUCAGCUAUAAAUGAGAAAUUCAUACAGCUGACUGAAGUACAGCAUAAAAGACAACUUCAUUCCCAUACGGAAAUGCUCUGAGGCAGAAUUGCCCCUAAUUCCUUUUGUCCAGCCCUCUUGUUCUGAGUAACUCGCCUGAUUGGUACAAAAACCACCCCCUAGGCUUUUCAUUGGCCACAUGCUUGACUUUGUCACUCUGCCAUUGGCCAGUUGUGUCUGAGAGCCCUCACCCUGCUUUGUGCUGCUGUCUGGGCAGCAGCAGGGUUCUGGAAAGUGGGAGGAGGGAGAAAACCAGUAUGAGACUGGAGGGGCUGAGGGGGUGAAAGGACCCAGCUAAAAAAGAGAGGGACAGAGAGAGGAGAUAGAGGGAGGAACAGAACCAGAGAGACGACAGAGGCUGAAGAGAAAGGGGAGGGAGCCAAGAGGGUUACCUCAUCUAGAGCUGCUAGUGCACACGGUGCAGGGGAGAAGUUGUGGGAAAGUAAACAGCAGAGGAGAAUUCCAAUCUGUUUUCAGCCACUUGCAGCCCUCGCAGGAGACCAUAAAGAUGAGUGAGCUGGACCCGGCAGCAUGGUAAUAACUGAGAGUUUAUGGUUGAUUACCAGGAUUAAAGGGUCACCAGGGAGUGCCUGAAGCUUCUUGAAGGACAUACUACUGAGGACAAGGAGAGAUUAUGUCUACUGUGAUGUCUCAGCAACCGCCAAAGGAGGAUGAAGAGGAGGAAGAUGAGGAGCGAGGGGAGGAGUUUCUGUUUGAGGACAGUAUGGAUGAAGAGAAACUUCAGGAGGACAGCAAAGGGACUGGUUCUGUUAGGUCUGACCAGUCCAAAAAGGAGGACAGACAGACAUCAGACAGUGUUCCACAAACAGGCACAGACAGCACACAACUUCUCAGAACAUCGCCUUCUGCUGGACAGGAGGAUAUUCCUACCAAGGAUGUAGCUUCAAUUUCUCCUCCAGAUGUUCCAGUUAAUGCAUCAUCUAGUUGGGCCUCAACAACAGCAGCCGAGCCCAGUACCCCAGCUCCUUGUGUGGGAGAGGGGCUCCGGGGCCUUCCUGUGGCUUCAGCUGCGGGGACGUCGGCUGAUUCAAGAGACCACAGCAAAGAAAUCGUCAAGGAAAACUUUGGCUCAAGGGACACCUCUGAAGCUUUAUGUGUGGCUAAAGCAGAGCCCCAGAUGGUGGUGGCUUCAGAGGUGAUCUAUGAUGACGUUCCAAGUGAGGACCCCCUUUCUCCUGAUGAAGCAGAUAUGAUCUACGAAGAUGUUCAGAGAGACAGUGGUCCUCUGGAUGCAGACAACGGCUGGAGCUCCAGCGAGUUUGAAAGCUAUGACGAGCAGUCUGAUAGCGAGACCAAACUACCAACACGGAGCAAGCUCUCUCCUGAAGUGCGUCGGCUGAGGGAACGAUGUGCCAAGACCAAACGUGAACUGGCCAUGAGGCUGUCUGGCAAGCACAACUAUGACAUCAAGGUUCAGCAGCUCAUGAAGGCGGCCAGAAGCGGAACGAAGGAUGGGCUUGAAAAGACCAAAAUAGCCGUCAUGCGAAAGGUUUCCUUCCUGCAGAGAAAAGAUCAAUUGGAAGAGGAGGAUGAUGCAGGAUACCUGGAUGUGGCUGUGUCAGAAGAGAAACAUCCUCCUCCACAGCUGAGCCCCAUGCCAGAGGGGCUGACCAACCACCAGGUUGUCAGACGCCAUAUCCUCGGCUCCAUCAUUCAGAGCGAGCGGAGCUACCUGGAGUCUCUCAGGAGAAUCUUGCAGGAAUACCACAGACCAUUGAUGGAAGCUGAUCCACGCAUCCUCAGCCCAAGGAAGAUCCGGCCUAUAUUUUACCGGAUCAGGGAGAUCACACAGUGCCACUCAAUGUUUCAGAUUGCACUGGCGUCACGUGUGGCUGAAUGGGACAGCAGUGAGAAAAUUGGAGACUUAUUUGUUGCUUCGUUUUCCAAGUCCAUGGUGCUGGAUGUAUAUAGUGAUUACGUGAACAACUUCACCAAUGCCAUGGCUCUCAUUAAAAAGGCGUGCAUGUCCAAACCAGCUUUUCUAGAAUUCUUAAAGAAGAAGCAGGCAUCUAGUGUUGACCGGAUCACACUGUAUGGUUUGAUGGUUAAGCCCAUUCAACGAUUCCCUCAGUUCAUAUUGCUCCUGCAGGACAUGCUUAAGAAUACACCGAAGGGCCACGUGGAUCGCCUGCCCCUGCAGCUUGCUCUGACAGAGCUGGAGAUGCUGGCUGAGAAACUGAAUGAACAGAAACGAGUAGCUGACCAGAUUGCAGAGACUCAACAACUAGCCCGAAGCGUCAGUGAUCGCCUGCUCAGUAAGCAACUGAACUCGGAGCAGGGGUCACUGGUCCUUUGUGAGACGCUUAUUGAGACUGUGUAUGGCGAGCGGGGACAAGUCCUAAAGUCGAAGGAGAGAAAGGUCUUCCUCUUUGAUGAUGUACUCAUCUGUGCCAACAUAAAUGUCAAGGGGCCUCCAGAUAUCAGCAGCCUGGUCCCUGUUGGCCCCAAAUACACCAUGAAGUGGAGCGCCCCCUUACAGCAGGUGCAAGUAGUAGAGGUGGGGCAGGAGGGCUCUCAAAGCAAAGACACCUUUUUCCAACAAAGCGGGGCCAAGCGGCCAGGUGGUGCAUUUACAGCAGGUAAAGUGAUUCUUGGCCCUCCACGGCUUUACCAGGAGCUACAAGAACUGCAACAUGACCUUUCUGUCGUGGAGGAGGUCACUCUUCUUGUGGGCACACUACAGGGGAUGUAUCAGAACCUGAACACCACUGUGGCCCAGGACUGGUGUCUGGCUCUGCAGAGGCUUAUUCGCAUCAAAGAAGAACAAAUCCAGAGUGCUAACAAAUGUCGCUUACGCCUGCAGGUGCCUGGCAGGCCAGACAAGUCAGGGCGCCCUGUCAGUUUCAUGGUGGUCCUCAACACUCCCAGCCCCCUUAGUAAGAUCUCUUGGGUAAACCGUCUGCACUUGGCCAAGAUUGCACUACGAGAGGAAAAUUCACCAGGCUGGUUAUGUGGAGAGGACGAAGGGAAGACGAUGGCCCCGUUCUGGUGUCCGCUGCUUGCCUGUCACAUGUCUGUCUUUGCUACUAAGUCACCAGAGAGAAAGCUUGAAGCUGCCCUCCACAAUCCUGUUCACUGUGCAUUGUUGGGCUUCUCUGCAGCGAGCACCUCCUUACCUCAAGGCUACCUCUGGGUGGCUGGUGGAGAAGGUUCUCAGUGGCAGAUAGAGAUAUUUUCCCUCAACAGGCCCAUGCCAAGAGCUGUAAAGAGCCUGCAGGUCGGCUCUGCUGUCCGAUGUCUGGAAUAUGUGCCAGAACCUUCUCCGACUGAGGAAGUGGAGGCUGGAGUUCACAAGGCCCCCUCAGGGACUGGCGCCAACAUUUGUGUUGGGCUAGACGAUGGGCGCAUACUGAUCUACGGCAGUGUGGACACUGCAGCACAAUGCUUACUGACCCUCCGUAACCCAGAGGGCUGCCCUGUACUGUGCCUGAAGCACUCCACUCGCUUCCUGCUUGCAGGCCUACGGAAUGGGACCAUAAUGCUUUAUGGAAAAAGUAACAGCGAUGACCUUUGGGACCCUGACUCCUGCAGAUGUGUAAGCCUGGGCUCAGAACCUGUGCGGACAUUGUUGGUGUUAGAUGACUCAGUGUGGGCAAGCUGCGGGAACACUGUCACAGUCGUGGACAUCUCCAGCCUCACCACUCAGAAGUUUGAAGUCCAUCCAGACCCAAUGGUCAGCGUCGCACAUAUGGCAUGUGCCGGUGGAGGGGUGUGGAUGGCAUUCUCCGAGGGUUCCUCCAUUCGACUCUUUCAUACUGAAACACUGGAGCUUCUGCAGGAAAUCAACAUCUCAACACGCUCAACGCUGCUGAACACUGGUCAAAUGAGCAUGCGAGUCACAAGUCUCCUAAUUUGCCAUGGGCUGUUAUGGGUGGGCACUGCCCAAGGCUUAAUUAUCACUCUUCCAGUUCCCAAACUCGAGGGCAUCCCCAAAAUAACAGGAAAGGGAAUGAUCUCUCUAAAUGCCCAUUGUGGGCCCGUGGACUUCCUGGUAGCCACCACUAGCACUCUGUCUCCUGAACUGCUGAAGAGGGAUUCUGUCGGGGAUGGCCCAGACUCUGCCUGUGGAGGCGAGGACCGCAGCGACACCUCCUCUCAGGAAUCCCUGCAACAGCCCGGCUCCUACCAGGGGGAGGGAAGAGGCAAAGGACGCGGUGUUCUGCUGCAGUACAGGCUGCGCUCUACAUCAGGACUGCCUGGGCAGCCAUUAACGGCGCUGGUUGACGAGGCAUCGGACUCCUCCCUGGAGUCUUUGGAGCAUAGCGUGGAAGAUGGAUCUAUCUAUGAGCUCAGUGAUGACCCAGAAAUGUGGGUUCGGGGACGUCCUUGUGAGAGAGACGGGGGACGCAGGGACAGGGUGAUCUCUGCAGCGGUUAUCUCUGGAGGCAAGGGCUUCCGUAGACUGAAGGAAGGAGCAGCAGCAGGCCCUAGGACAAGUGGGGAGGGUUUAGAGAAUAUUAUUAUGGUAUGGCAGCUCCCACUGACAGUGUGAUAUGGAAAAUAUGUGACAAGGUUAUGUGUAUUUAUAGAUGUCUACUCAGUUUAGCCUUGAAUCACCUUUUCCAUAAAUUGUGGGAUUUGAAUAUAUGAUGAGAAGGUGUUGCCACUGUUACAGAGCCUGACAUCUUAUAAUUUAGCCUCUGGAAUAAAGAACCGAAGACAUGCUGUUUACUAGAGGUACUGUCAGCCCAUAGCACAAUUUCAUUGUUCAGGGUUGUGCGCCAUCAUCUUCCCAGUAGUGGCAUAGGUCGCCACGAUUAGUUCCAUGUGAUUUGAUCUUGUUCCUCUUUCUGCCUUAGCUGAGACUGAUAUGCCUCAAUUUAACCUCAUCAUUGCUGCAUAUGCUCUGCCACAUUUAUUUUAUGCGAAGGUCUUCUGUUUGAGCAGCCAUGGACAGCAAGCCUUUGAGAGGCAGCCUUUGUUGAAUGUUACACAUCUUUUAUCUGAUCAUAUGGGAGCGAUCCCAUCUGUUUAGAGCAGAAAGCUGGGGACUUCCACCGCAUCACAAAGCACAUUAGAAUCACUUUAUUAGCUUUGGCAGCCUUUCUUUCAUCCCAUACAAUGUGAAUGUACGAUACCUUCUUUUGUGUCUCAAAAUUGAAUCUGUGCUCUCUUCAAAAAAAAGAAUGACAUUUUUCCUGUUUUGUUGCAAAAAAUUAUUUGCUUCCAAGAGCUCACCAUCCCUCUGGUAGUGCAGACUGGCUGCAAAACUGAGUUGCAAAACAAAAGUUAUAAGAAGAUGCUAUUGCUCUACAUUAAAGAAUCUAUAUUUGCACUGCCAAAAUUCUGUAAUUAUUGCAAAUUUAUUUGAGGAAAAGUAUUAUCUUGCCCAAGCAUUGUAAAUGUCAGAUAUCUCUUUCAUUAUUCACUGUAAUCUAUCAGCUAGAUAAAACAAAUUUGUACACAUGGUUGUUAAUACAGUAAUACACAUCUCACAUCAACUGGAAAUCCCAGUUACACAUCAAAAGCAAAACUCUUUAAACUAAUGAUUAAAUAAAGCCCUGCAGCCAUGCAAACUGCUAUUGGCUGUGUAUAAACAGAGGGAAGAUACCUACGAGAGGAACCAAUUAGCAUGUUUACAUCCACAUUAAUUUUCAAUAAUAUACAUAUUUCUGAUUAAAGAUGAUGUUUUACAAUAUAGCAUAAGUCUGUAUUACAGUUAACAGGCACUGAUGUAUACCAUCUGUGUCGUUAGCCAGGACACUAAGUCAUGUAAACCUUGUUCCAUCAACACUUAUUUUCCUUCUGUUUUCAUGGUAAUAUUUGGAAAAUAUUUGGAGUUAAUGCACAUUCAUAUUUUAUGAUCAGGAUAUGAAGAUGCACAUAAACAACUUUUCAUCCCUGGCGGGUGGAAACUUCACAUCUCCGUUUUUGAUAGUUAUCAUGUCCUCAGAUUAAUUGAAAGAUUACAUGUUCUGUCUUUAACCUGAUAGGCAAACCCUUUUAACCACAUUGAAUGAUAUAAAAGUGCAUUGUCAUUACGCUAUGUACAAGCUGUUCUCUUUUUUUAACUUGUAAAUACACCAUUUUUCAUUUAAAGUCACCUAGCAGCAUUGGCAAGUUUGUAAACAUGGACUGUUGACAUUGGCAUUGCAGACAAAACCAAGAACUACUGUGCAGGUUUACUGGGCACAUUUUUCACAGUGUGUGGACACAGUGGGUGGAGGCCAUGCAAGUAUCCAGCUAUGAACAUAGCUUGGUUGAGUUUCAAUAAACCGAGCGAUGGUGAAGGUUAUGGUAUAUCACUAUCCUCCACCUCUAUCUCUACUUAGCCCUUCCACCACACAUGGAUUCUCAUCUUAUCACAGAAGAGGCAUAAAGUGCAUCUUUUGUAUUUUCCCUUUUUUUUCCUCCACUGAAAUUCAGGCGUGUUUAAACAUCCUGCUGUCUGAAUCAUUCAAAAAAAUAAGAAAAUGUAAACUGGCCUUUGGAUGCUGUCAUCUAAAUGUAAAUCUCAAUGUCUUGUCAGAAAUGUAUACUUUUUUUCAUUUGAGAUGCUGCUGGAGCCACAACACCCUAAUAGUCACUAUUGAGGAUGUUCGUCCAACCUUUACCAGAGGAUGAGUGUGUAUUCCGCUUGAGUAGCCUGAUUAAAUAUGUGGCAUUGUUGAACUGUUUCACAGGCUUAUCCGCUAACAACGGAUAUUUAAUCUCAAAUAGUGACCUUUAAUGAACAUUGACUCAUACAUUUAUUUUGCUUACACUACAUGUGUACAGGUAUUAUCCAUGCACUGAAUAUUAAUACUCACUGUACUACUAACUAGAAAUGUUACUGUUCUUGUUAAACCUAUAUUUCCUCUGGACUCUGCAACAGUGUUGAUGUUUUAGAUGAGACUGUAUAAGGCAUAGUUUGUGUUUUAUUUCCUGUGGUGUUAAAGGAUAAGUCCCAUUUAUUAUAGAUUUGGUCUUAUUUUUGGCCUUUCUUUCUGUCAGUUUUGAAAAUGCUGAGAUCUGGGAAUAAUGGUAAUAUCACUAAAAAUGAGUCUGUCCAGAUAGGAAAUACAAUCAGUCAACCGAUUAUGCAUGUUUUAAACAAACACCCUGAUUUGGAAGAAAAAAGAAGAAAUCAUUCACUUCUAAAUGAACAUCGUCACAGUCUACAGACCAACUUCCAGGCUCAACUUUGACCUAUCAUACUUGCUGUAAUCUUGUGCACAUAGUUUUCCUGUGUAAUGAAGCAUUAUUACUGACAUACUGGGUGCAUUCACCUUUAGUUCUACCACGUACAACUGUUCACUCUGUGAUCAUCUGAUACUCAGCUUGUUUCUUGAUCUGUCAGACCUUGUUGUAGCGAUGCUGCUAUGUUCCCGUAUCUCAGCGAUUACUUUGGUGAUUACAAAAUUACAAUAACUGACUGAAAUGAUGGUCAAACCUACAAAAGUAAGGUUACACAAGGAAAGUAAUAAACCGGAAUUAUCCUUUAAGAAAAAGUAUUACACAAAAUGCCGCCACAGGCACAUGGAAACACUGCUCAUUUCCCUGUAAUGUUCCCAAUAAUGUUACAUGUCUAAACAGUGUCUAACAAGCUUAUGUUGAAUUAAAAACAUUUAAAGAUGA